CAGUGAUGUACUGAGGUAGUUUGAAAAGUGCAACCUCCAUCAAACACCAACUUCCAAACCACAAUCCCACAUCACCAUCAUGUCCACUGCUGCGAAGUUGACUCUCGGUGGCACCAUCCUCGGGACCAUUGGCAUUGUGGUGCUCGUGCAUCGCCAGCAGAAAGUAGACCAAGCUCUCAUGCAUGCCGGUGUGAUACGUGACAUGGAACAACAAAAAGUCAAGCGCGAACGGCAGGCCGAUUUCGAGAUGCAACGACAGCUGGAAGAAGAGUACAAAAAGUUGCAGAGCGUGAGCGAUAGCACAGAUGGCCAGGUGAAGACAUAAAAAAAUGGAACGAGAUGUUCAGACAUCGGAAGACACAAUGUUCGACGGCGUCAUCAUCAUAGCGACCUUUGACUACCAGGGCGCUGGUCUUGGGGAGGAAUCAGAGGCAAGCUGGACGUCUCCCGGCCUCUUCGAGAGGGCGAGCGCAUCUAUAGGCGAGGGUACAAUACCUGCAUCGACCAAGUGUCAUACUACUGGACCUUCGACACCGUGCCCACCUACGCCGAACUCUCCCGUAACUCGCCAUUCAUGGCACUAACGAACGACACGCCGCGAGUUCCGCUUCGGAGAUCAUUACCAUCAAGACUAAAGGGCUCACUCACCGAGACCAUCUACAAUCCUCUGUUGAUUCAACGCAUCAGCUUCACCAAUCGGCUCCAAGCGCCCCAGAACAGUGUCGUCCCUGGGUUUCCAAUACUCGCUCCGGUGUUGGAGGAGGUCCGAUCGCCAGAAGAUAGGGAAUUGGUAGAGAGCAUAUCCGCAGUUCCCUCGCGCAGCAAUGCAGCGCGGCAAGUAACAUCUAGAGCGACGAACAAAAUCAGAAAGAAACCCGCGAAAUUGAAACCAUGUUUUU